AUGCCGAGAGCAGUGCAGAGCCUGAAUUCAGAGAGGGAGAGGGAGAAGGGCUCCUUGUCUCUCAGCGUCUUCCUGAUCUCCGUGGGUUUGACGGUAUGCGUUGUAUGGUUGGUGGCACUCUGUGGAGUCUGUGGAUGGUGUCAACGCAAACUGGGGAAGAGGAAUAAGCCUGGAGUGGAAGCAGCCAGUACCCCGGACUCAGUGCGAGGUCGUGGGGAGAACAAAGCCAUCAAUGAUCUAGACAGGGACUUUUGGAAUAACAAUGACAGCAGUACUGUUCAGCAGCGCUGGAGUUCUUACCCACCCAAGGAAUUCCUCUUAAACAUGUCCCCUUAUGCCCCAUACGGAGACCCUCGCCUCACGCCCAAUUUUGGGGACCCCUCUCUAUCCACAACUUCUACUCUGGAACACAUCCCUUCCUCAGCCACCCGACCCAGGCCCCUAGUCAGGCAACAAAGCCUCCAACAGCCCCUAACCCACCAGCCCCCGCCAGGGCCCAACGACCCCCCAGCCACUUCUCAGAGCCUGGGCCAGCUACACACUGGUCCUGGGGGUGGGGGCCACCGGGGGGGCCCGCGGGGGGUGCGUGGUAGUCCGGCUGGAGCAGGGGCGUCCCGAUACAGGGCUGGCGGGGCAGGCCGAUCACGUUCCAACCCGGGCAGCUGGGACCACAUGAUGGGUCAGAUUCGCACAAGAGGUCUAGACGUCAAAUCCUUCCUGGAGGGGAAGAUGGUCGUACUAUCAUUAGCGAUUGGAUUGGCUGAACAAGAUGACUUUGCCAACCUUCCAGACCUACAGGAGGCACCAGCACACCAAGAAACACCCCCUUCUGACAAGAGGGUUGCCAAUAACAAACCUGGCAGCAGCCCUAAGGGCCAGACCCCAGACGAGAGCAGUCGCCGGCCAGACGCCAACUCCUCUGUUUCAGACUUGGCCAACUCCGUCACCAGCGACAUGCUGAUGUUGUCCCCGGGUUCAGAGGAGGAUGAUCAUGAAGGUCCGGUCUGCGAGAAACUUGGUCGUAUCCAGUUCAGUUUGGGCUACAGUUUCCAGGACUCCACCCUCACAGUCAAAAUUCUGAAGGGGCAGGAUCUACCUGCUAAAGACUUUUCUGGAACAUCAGACCCUUUUGUGAAAAUCUACCUGCUGCCAGACAAGAAGCACAAACUGGAGACCAAGGUCAAGAGGAAGAAUCUGAAUCCUCAUUGGAAUGAAACCUUCCUCUUUGAAGGAUUUCCAUAUGAGAAGGUUAUUCAGCGCACACUAUACCUGCAAGUACUGGACUAUGACCGCUUUAGCAGGAACGACCCUAUUGGGGAAGUGUCCAUCCCCUUAAAUAAAGUCGACCUGGCUCACAUGCAGACCUUCUGGAAGGAGCUGAAACCGUGCAGCGAUGGCAGUGGAAGUCGGGGUGAUUUGCUGGUGUCUCUGUGUUACAACCCCACUGCCAACACCAUCACUGUGAGCAUUAUAAAGGCACGAAAUCUCAAAGCCAUGGACAUUGGAGGCACAUCUGACCCUUAUGUGAAGGUGUGGCUGAUGCACAAAGAUAAGCGUGUGGAGAAGAAAAAAACCGUAGUGAUGAAGCGGUGUCUGAACCCAGUAUUUAAUGAGUCGUUCCCCUUCGAUGUCCCUGCCCAUGUCCUCAGAGAGACAACCAUCAUCAUCACAGUUAUGGACAAAGACAGACUGAGUCGUAAUGAUGUCAUAGGAAAGAUCUAUCUGUCAUGGAAGAGUGGACCAGCAGAGGUAAAACACUGGAAGGACAUGAUGGGUCACCCUCGCACUGCAGUUGCCCAAUGGCACGCUCUCAAGGCUUAA